CCUUAAAGAUAUGCUGUCUCCACUAAUGAAGUGGUGGUAAUCAUAAUCAUGCAUUUGGGCAACUUAUUGUUGUUAAUGAGGUAAGCUGUUCCUGUGCGACCUUCUAGAUGUGUUUGGUUUGAUAAUCACCCAAGAAAGUGACUUUUCAUCAGUAAAUUGCAUUGCAUGACUGCUUCAGCAAUCAGUGGUUGGUUUAAGUGACAUAAGGUUUACAGCUAUUGAAAACCCCCUCAGCUAGUUGCCAAUUUGGUCUUGGUUUCUUGUGAGUUUUGUUGUAUCCUUUUCAUCAAUGACAUGACAAACAUUGACCUGCUCUUUUUAGUGUAAACUUGUGGCAAGGUUAACAGAAGUUGUUGAUUGAUUGAAUGAUUGAUUGAGAUAUAAGCAAAAAUGGGGAUUACCCUGAAUUAGUUGUGGAUGUUAGAGUGUGGUUGCCUCGUCUUAUCUUAAUCUCGUUAUCUACGAUUUAAGUUUUAGAUAGAUAACUGUGUUUCUUGAAGGCUUUCACAUCAGCAACAUGACAUUAAAAAACUGAUAUUAACCUGAGAUGGAAGAAAUCACUAUUAUUUAUUACUCUGUUUUUAAAGUGAGUUCAAUGUCUUAACUGUUUCAGGAAUUUAGUGGCCGAUGUUGUAAACUGACGGACUUCAGUGACUUAAUCGGUAUUUAAUCCAUAGAAGCGUCUGUCAACAUUUUGGUCUGGAAAGGGCCUUAAGCCCAAAAGAAGGCAGUUCAGGCCCAGCUCUGUUUCGAGCGGCACUACACACAAUCACACAAACAAAGUCGGAAAAGGAAAGAGAAAAGCGCGGCAGACUGCAGAGAUCCUCGCCGGCUAGGCUCACCGGACGAGUGCUAGGGAGAAGUAGUGCCGGCGCACAGCUGACAACGAAUGCUGCAAGGUUUUGAUUCCGACCAUGUUCAUACCGGCGAAAAAAAUCAUUUCCCAGCUGAAGUUCAUCAAGCGGAUAUCCCCAACGCUAUUCUCUGAACUUCUUCUGCCGUCUAGUCGCUCUCCAUUCAGAAGCUUUUGCGUUCUCCUGACGGCUCCGGAUGAUGAGAAUCCCGUGGAACCAUCGGAGUGCGAUUCUGGAAUGGCAGCUCGAGUCCACAACGUCCUGAGGACACACAGGGAUGGCCCGACGAAGAAGCUCGAGCUCGCGGUCGCCCAAUGCUUCGACUCCAAACCCACGGAGCAGCUCGUUCUUGACGUUCUUCGGAUGAAUCGUUCCGAUUCAAGACUGGCUUUAAAAUUCUUCAACUGGGUUUCCAGCAUUUCCCCGCUUUCCGUCAGGCCUAGCGUCUGCAACGAAAUCCUUGAUAUACUCUGCAAAAUGCGUCAGUUUGGAGAUGCAGACAAAGUGCUCGUUGAAAUGUCCAAGAGAGAAGGAUUUGUGAGCGAGGAGACCUACAGGGUAUUGGUCAAUAGAUACGCAGCUGCACAUAAAGUUGACGAUGCUGUGGCACUUUUCCAUAAGAGGAGAGAAUUAGGUUUGGGCCAUGAUUUACCCGCCUUGCAGCAGCUUCUGAUGUCUCUGUGUAGGUAUAAACAUGUGGAAGUUGCAGAAACGAUAUUGCACUCCACGGGAAACGAUUUUCGCACCGACAUAAAGACUCUAAAUAUCGUUCUCAAUGGCUGGUGUGUUCUGGGAAAUGUACAUGAAGCCAAGAGAUUCUGGAAAGACAUUAUCGCGUCCAAAUGUAAGCCGGAUUUGUUCACGUUUGCAAUUUUCAUCAAAGCUUUAACCAACAAGGGGAAGCUAGGUACAGCGCUGAAGCUAUACAGAGCGAUGUGGAAGAAUGAAUGCAAACCAGACGUAGUCAUAUGCAACUGUGUGAUUGAUGCUCUUUGUUUCAAGAAGAGGAUUCCGGAAGCUUUAGAAAUUUUCCAUGAAAUGAAGGAAGAAGGCGUUUGUCCUCCAGAUGUGGCGACUUACAACUCGCUGAUCAAGCAUUUGUGCAAGAUUCAGAGGAUGGAGAAGGUUUAUGAGCUGUUGAGUGAGAUGGAAGAGAAGAAGGGGAGUUGCAUCCCAAACGAUAUAACUUUCAAUUACUUGCUCAAGUCGUUGGACGAGCCUGUUGAAGUUCCUAGGAUUCUUGAGAGAAUGACAAGAAAUGGUUGUGCCAUUAACCAGGAUACAUACAAUCUGAUAUUGCGGUUGUAUGCGAAAUGGGACUGCGAGGAGAAAGUGGUGGAGCUGUGGAAGGAGAUGGAGGAGAAGGGACUGGGACCUGAUCAACGGUCUUACUCGAUAAUGGUGCACUGGUUGUGUCAAAAGAGAAGAUUCGACGAAGCUUUGCAUUAUCUUCAGGAAAUGAAAUCUAAGGGCAUGGCUCCGGAACCAAAGACCGAAAUGCUGGUCAGUUCAAUGCUAACCAAGCGGAAAGAGAAUGAAUCUAGACAAAGGCGACAAGGUGCAAACCAGAAGAAGGUAUUCAUCAAGAGGAGUGUAGAGAAGAAGAAGGGCGGUGCAAGAAAUGAGUUUUGAAGGCCAUCUCUCGAUCAUCAAAGGAGUAUAUCAACUUCUCGAGAGUCAAGUUCGGAUGCAGUCGCGUGUGACGGUUGGUGAGUCGUGACCUUAAGCUAAGCCUUGUUGGUGUCAGGAUGCUCAAAUGUGGAUCAUCUCAUGGGAGGUUCUAGCCUUUACAGGGACUCCUUCACAUCUAUGAUGCCUCCAUGAUGCCAUCUGCCUUCCAACUCUGAGGUUUUGGGUGCUGACUGAAUUCUCUGAUCGAUGGACUUGCAGAAAUCAUUCUCGAAUGAAGGGCUGAACACUUCCUGCUGUAUCUCUUGUUUGGAAGGAAGACGUCAACUAAAAGUCUAAAAGCUAUAGUAAUUAUUCUCUUCAAGAAAGCAACUAACUUAAUAGUUAAAAGUUUUAGUUGAACCGUUAAUGUAUACAUUAGGAGCCUCAUAAACUUGGUGUGUUUUUGUUCUUGUUGUUAAGAUAGCUUCACUGAGUUUUUUUUUUUAUACUUUUCCAGUUUUCCUUAUUCUUGAAGUAGGUCGGACCGUAUGUAUGGCCCGAUUGCGGGAUAACCGCGGUUCAAUUGCAGGGCCCGGUCCAUCUCUCUUUCCCUUUUCUUCCCUCUGUCGAUUCUCUUCUCUAUAGUAGAAGUGUAGAACUGCAGAAGGUUGCGUUCCAAAAAAAAAAAAAAAACCCCGCUCCUUUUCAUUUUCAAUAUCACCUCGUCUCUUCAAUCCAAGCCGCUCUACUCACCGUGAACAAUGGCGGGUUGUAUUAGAUCAGCUCUUCCUCUCAUGAACAGGAUUGCCAGAUCCCAUUCGUCUUUCGCUCCUCAGAGGGCCGCUGUUCACCGCGCACUUCAGUCCCCGGCCCUCGCUUCUUCAUCCGAGGUAACAGGAACGGUGAUCGCAGUUCUUUUCUUUUCUUUUCUUUAACCUUUUGCUCUUUUGAUUGAAUUCCGGGGUUUGAGAAUCUAGGCUGCCCUCUGUAUCGCUCAGCCAAUUUGAUUUAUAGAGUUUGAAACCUCAGCUUCGAUAGGAGCUCUACUUUUAUCAUCGUUGUAAUGUCAUCGGAUUGAGCACAGGAACAAUUUAUUUGCAUUGGGUUUUACCCUUGAUGCUGUUCGUGGAAAGGCUUUUAAUUUUCAUUUCGAGUCUAAUAUAUAUAGGUGUUCUGCAUAUGGUUCUCUCGCAAGCAGGGUGAUUAUGCUUAGUUUGCUGUGACGCUUUUGCUUAACUUCAUCUGGUUUCUUGCAGUCUUCCAGAAAUUAUGCCACCGCAGCUGCACCUCCUAAGGAGCAGAAAGUUAAGGUAUUUGAAUUCAUUGGCUUGUCUAAUGCUGGUUUCAAAAAUGUUGGGCAGUAGUGUUGGGUCUUUCAAAAAUGUGUUUGAAUCUAGAGCUUGGAUCACCAGAAAAUCUUCUAACUUUCUUGUUCCGCUGUAUAAUCUUCCUAUAAUGGUUUCUAUUUUUCGUGUAGUUGCCAAUAGCUUUGUAUGGGGGAGCAGGAAACUAUGCCUCUGCUCUGUACAUUGCAUCCAAAAAGGCUAAUGUACUGGAUAAAGUUGAGUCCGAACUACUUGACCUUGUUCAGGCAUUGGAGAAAAGUCCUACUUUUUCUCAGUUCACAAAGGACUUGUCAGUGCCUGCUGAUACGAGAGUCAAGGCCAUUAAUGACAUAGCUGACCAAGCCAAAUUUUCACAAGUUACCAAGACCUUCUUGGGUAAGAAGUUCUUCUCUAAGUAAGGGGGUGUGUUCAUCCUGGGAAGUAGAAAUUACUUUUGGUUUCCUGCACUAGCUGAAUGGUAGUUUCUACACAGGACCUUAUUGCCAUCUGUUGAUUACUUCAAAUGAUCAUAUGAACUAUGGUUGAUAUAUAACUAAAAGGUUGAUAAACCAGGGGAACUUGAUCAUGUAUGCAAAGAGGGAAUCAACCUAGGGGUGCUCAGGUGCCAGGGAGCUAAUUUCUUUCUUUGACUUAUUGGUUUUCCCAUUACAAUGAUGACUCUGUUUGGAUUCUGAGAUGUACCUCCCAAAGUGAAACUUAACAUUUUAGCUUUUUCUCAGAUUUUGGUGCUGAGAGGUAGCUAAUAUAAUUGCUUUUUGGAUCAGUUGUUCUUGCUGAGAAUGGAAGGCUGAGGUCCAUUGAUACCAUAGCUAAGAAGUUUGCAGAGCUGACAAUGGCUGAUAAAGGAAUUGUGAAAGCUACCGUGACGACAGUUAUGGUGAGUUUUACUUUGCAAUUCAUCACCUUUCUUUGCAUGGUUCCCUGAUUUCGUUAGCAACUGUUGCUUCACCUUACAUUGAACUUAGUAUAUUGACCGUGAACCUUCACGGCUCUAGUAGUAUAAUAACAUUUAACUUUCAGCCUAUGCAAGUUGAGUUUCAUGCAUUGUAUAAGAUAAUUGGAAAAACGAUAAAUUUCUGCCCGCCAAUUGUUAUGAUCAUGGAUCAGCAAGUUCUUGUUCAUGUAUUGUGCAAUGAGUUUGAAAUAACUUGUGAGCUUUAACUUUGGUUUAAACACGAAGCUUAUGAAUGCGGAAUUCUGGACCGAGGAGUUGGCAUAAGAGUGCUAGCUGGGAAGCUAUCUGGAAUGAGUGACCUAACUACCAUAUGGGCUUAUUGUUACUACAAUAGAUCUUUAAUGGAAAAACAUAUAUGGUUUAUAUCAGAUUGUUGGUGAGUGAAAUAUCUUGCUUUCUAUUGUUUGACAACAUCGCAUUGGUCUGUAUUGUAUUUGUACCAACCAGCCCCUCCCCCCAUCGGAAGAGAAAGAACUGAAGGAGACACUACAGCAGAUUAUUGGACAAGGGAAGCAGGUUACACUUGAGCAGAAGGUGCAUAUUUCGCUCCAGAAACACAAAAGUCGUUAGUUUCUUCUGAUACCCAACUGAAUUACAGAGGACAUUCAGCUGACUGAAUCUCUCUCGUUCUUUCCCCCCCCAGAUUGAUGCUAGCAUCCUUGGAGGCCUCGUGGUUGAGUUCUCACAGAAAGUGUUCGACAUGUCCAUUAAGACGAGGGCAAAGCAGAUGGAGAGAGCUCUCAUGGAACCAGUUCAGUUCUGAAACCAGUUAACUUUCGCCCACUCUAAACCGACUCCACUCCUCAGCUCAACUCCUUGCCCUACCUCUGCUUGAAAUUUCAAUCCAGUUGUAGCACAAUCCAUGGAGGAAACUUGUUAGAUCUCGUUUUGUGUUUCUUGACUAGCCACCAUUGUGAUGUGCUGUGAUGGAACAUGAUCCAGCUCAUAAAAAUUAACAAUGGACAGUGGUCGCAGGGCAAGAGCUGUCUCAAUCUGUGCCUGGAGUUUGUUUCUUCUGCGAGUUUGUGCUACUCCUAAAACUUAAAAAGUCCUUAUUUUCACAGAUCAUAUGGAAUUUUUGAAAAUGUUCUUUAUUACAAUAAUAUAUCUAUCGUCAUAAUGACGGUUUUAUGUCCUUUAAUUUUUCUAUAUAUGUAAAAAAUUAUGCAGGUUCUAUAUGAGCUAGUUAGUUCUUGCCUUCAGGGUCAUUGACCAUAUUUUAGGCAAUGCCAAAUUUUGGCAUCAUUAAAUUUGUGCUUAUUGCUAAGGGUGAAUGUCUAAACGAUGAGGCAAAAUAUGUACCGCGUACAAGAUACAAAGAUGUACUAGAUACAAUCAUACAAAGAUAUAUUAUGAAUAUGUACAUUAGGAUAAUGUCCCGAAUAUGUGUAAAUUAUGAGGCAAAUAUGUACCGUGGUCAAAUCGGAUAAUUCUUUCUAUUAAUGGAUGUAAAUUUUGUGCAGGGGUCAUAUAUGGAUGUAAUGUUUUCAAAGAGACAAAAAGUAUAUAAAUUAUUAUAGAUAAAACUGUAUAAAAGAA